AAAAUGAAUCCAAAGUUCACAGAAAUCAAUGUGCUCCCAUCACACUUAACAUGUUUCUUCAUAUAAAGACAAACAGACUCCUCUGUUUUUACACACUCUGAAAGUAACUGAAACUCUUUGAAUGUGUAUAUAAACGCAUGUUCUAUUUUGGUCUUUCACUUCACUUCAAAUCUUCUUUUUUGUUUAGAGAGAAAUUUUCUAUAAGUUUUGUUUUUUAUGGGUUUUUGUUGGUCUUGUUAAUCAGCAAUCGCUUUAAUUUGAUAACUUGAUUUUGUUCUUGCUUUCGGGAAGUUUUUGAAUUUUAUUUUUGGGGUCAGUGAAUUUUUAAUUUUGUUUAUUUUGAGCAGUGUGAGAGAAAUUAGAAUCUGGGGUUUUGAAUUAUUUAGAAUUCAAUCAAGAAGAGUUGAGAAAACCCCAGAAAAUUUUUGAAUCACUUUGUUCUCUCCUUUAGGGUUUUGUUCUGGAUUUGGAGAAUUAAGAUUCGUUUAGGUUUUUGAGUUUUUUUAUUCUGUUUUUGCUUGUUGGGUUCUGGAUUUUUUAAUUAAAAAAAAAAAAAAAAACUUAAUCUUAAUUGUCUAGAUUUGAAAUUUUGAUUUAUAUGGCGUCAUAUAGACCAUUUCCACCACCACCACAAUCCUCGUUUCCACCGCCACCGCCGCCGCCGAACCAAAACCCUACUCAACCUCCACCACCUCCACCACAACCGUCAUCAACACAACAACCACAGAGGCCAAAUCAGUUCAAUCAGAACUGGGGUUAUAAUGGCCAAAUGCCUCCACAACAACAACAACAAAAUUAUCCUCCGUCAAGACCACCUCCACCACCACACCAACAAUACCCUUAUGCUCAGCCACCGCCACCACCGCCCCCGGAGUCAUCCUACCCCCCUCCACCCCCACCUCCUCCUCCACAACAACAACCACAGCAGCCUCCAAUGUAUUAUCCAUCUAACCAGUAUACACAAAAUUCUAUGUAUAAUCUUCAACCACCAAUGCAGCCAUUGCAACCACCACUUCCACCUCCACCACCUUCGUCUCCGCCCCCUAGUUCCUCUAUCCCGCCACCACCACCUCCCAGUUCUCCUCCACCACCACCUCCUCCUAAGGAGAUUGAUGGUGGAGGUUCGCGACUUGAUCGUGAUAAAAGGGUGCCUAAGGAGGUUUCUAGGCGUGAUUCUCGUGAUCACGGGCAUUCGAGGCAGCACAAGCCUCCGGUGCCACCACAAAUGGUUAAGAAGGUCAGUGGAGGUUCAGGGAGAGUAGAGACGGAGGAGGAGAGGAGGAUAAGGAAGAAGAAGGAGUAUGAGAAGCAGAGGCAAGAGGAGAAGCAUAGGCAACAAAUGAAGGAGUCUCAGAAUGCAGUAAUGCAGAAGACUCAGAUGAUGACUUCUGGGAAAGGAGGCCAUGGGUCAAUUGUAGGGUCAAGAAUGGGGGAUAGGAGGGCUGCUCCAUUUUUGAGUGGUGAGAGGAUUGAGAAUAGGUUGAAAAAGCCCACCACGUUCUUGUGCAAGUUGAAAUUCCGUAAUGAGCUUCCUGACCCAAGUGCACAGCCAAAGCUUAUGGCUUUGAAGAAAGACAAAGAUCGAUUUACAAGAUACACAAUUACAUCUCUGGAGAAAAAUUACAAGCCCCAGCUGUAUGUUGAGCCAGAUCUUGGGAUACCUCUUGACCUGCUUGACCUUAAUGUUUACAAUCCUCCCAAGGGCGUCAGAAUACCUCUUGCUCCAGAAGAUGAGGAGUUGUUGCGUGAUGAUGAUGUGGUUACCCCAGUAAAGAAAGAUGGUAUAAGGAAAAAAGAGCGGCCGACUGAUAAAGGUGUUUCUUGGCUGGUUAAGACUCAGUAUAUCUCUCCUCUUAGCAUGGAAUCAACAAGACAGUCUUUGACUGAAAAACAAGCAAAGGAACUGAAAGAGAUGAAGGGAGGCCGGAACAUUUUAGAUAACCUUAAUGAUAGGGACAGACAGAUUAAGGACAUUCAAGCAUCAUUUGAGGCAUCAAAGCUGCGCCCUAUUCAUGCAACCAAUAAAGAUUUACGUCCUGUUGAGAUUUGGCCUCUGUUACCUGAUUUUGAGAGGUACGAUGAUCAAUUUGUUGUGGCUUUAUUUGAUGGUGUUCCAACAGCAGAUUCAGAAAUCUACAGCAAGUUGGACCAGUCUGUCCGUGAUGAGCAUGAAUCACGGGCUGUUAUGAAAAGUUAUGUGGCAACAGGUGCCGAUCCAGCUAACCCAGAUAAAUUUCUGGCAUACAUGGUCCCUUCCAUAGAUGAGCUAUCGAAGGAUAUGUAUGAUGAGAGUGAAGAUGUCUCAUUUUCUUGGGUUCGCGAGUAUAAUUGGGAUGUGCGGGGUGAUGAUGCCGAUGAUCCAACAUCAUACCUCGUUUCAUUUGAUGAUGACGAAGCUCGCUAUGUGCCUCUCCCCACAAAACUUAAUUUGAGAAAGAAGAGGGCCAGAGAGGGGAGAUCUAACGAGGAUGUUGAGCAUUUUCCUGCACCUUCAAGACUGACUGUAAGGCGGCGAUCAAGUGUCGCUGUAAUAGAACUGAAGGAUGCUGGGGCUUAUUCAAACUCAAAGGGGACCAGCUCAAAGAUGGCAAGGUUAGAUACCGAAGAUGGGGUGGGAAGAUCACGAAAGCUCUCGCGGCACCAAGAUCUGUAUCAUUCUAGUGGAGCAGAAGAUGACUUAUCUGAUUGAAGGCUAUCGAUACUGAGGGUACCUGGAAGGAAAAUUUCCAAAAUGCUAUAAUCUGGAAAAUGUAUCCGAUUUGGAAGGUUGGAAUACACAGACAUUAUAUCAUAAUGCUGAUCGGCUUAGGAGUGAUCAGGGUCUAGUUUAUUGCUGGUCAGCUUAGGAGUGCUCAGGGUCUAGUUUUAUUUAAUUAGAUUUAUAAAGGUUUAACUAGAUCCCGAUUACUCCCAGACGACCAGCUACAAGAUAUAAUUGGCUGAGUAUUUCGUCAUUUCAAAUAGGAUACAUUUUCUCGAUUAUAGCAUUUUCUUGAUAUUAGCGGGUGUUAAUUUAUUUAGGCUCCUCCCUUCAAUACCAUAAGGAAAAAAAUGAAGUGUAAACUUGGUUGAACAUAAGAGAAAUCUUGUUACGGUGUCAUAGUGAGAAUGUUCAUCUUUGAAACAAACAAGUAUUUUAGCAAUGAAUAUAAGCUUGUUCUA